AAGAGGAAUUCGGGAAUCGAGCGAGACAAACUGAAGCCCUCAACACGUCCUAGGACAUAUGUCAGAACGCACAUUGGUCAAUUCGGGCACAAUCAUGAGCUCUCAGCAGCAUCGCACUUCCUUAUGACGAGAGCGUCGGCCCGCCCUGUAUCCAAGGCGGAUGCCAUGUGAAAGAUGCACCGUCUCCCGAUCCCAGCGAGCUUCCGCACAGAGGCAUUCUGACGCGCAUCUACAUCUACUGUCGUCAAAUGCCAUAAGCUACGCGCAAUCUCCAGCUCUAGCGUUCCAAUAUCCAGUUUUCAUUAUCCAGUUUCACGGUCCGCCGAUAGUCGCAUCCGGCAGAAUUUCCCCAGAGGUCUUCCGAGCAUUGUAUCACUACAAUACCCCCCUGGUUUGUUCGCUAGCGGCUGACUUGAAGACAGGGGUCACCCUCAAAAGUCAGAUCUCGACAGAAACACAGCCACUUUGCUCACAGAUAUAAUAGGUAAAUAAAACGACCAUUGUGAACAUUGCAAGAUUCUUAUUUUUUUUGCGUUGAAGUAUU